CCCACAGUUGAGGGGAGUGCAUGGAUUUAAAUGUACCCAGCAAAAUGUCACGUGCCGCCUCAAUUUGAACAAGCCGGUAGCACGUGCCGACUGAAAUUUUGAAACCUAAAAAGAGAAAAAGACCAGAAGGCACAUUCUCUCUCUUUCCUUCUUCUCUCGCAGUCUCAGAGGAAGAAGCAGAACUCCAUGGAAGCGAUACUCACAGACUGCGUGCGGAACAGUCUCCGCCAUUUCAUGUACAAGAACGCCAUUUUCCUCUGCGAACGCCUCUGCGCUGAGUUUCCUUCCGAGAUUAAUUUGCAGCUAUUAGCUGCAUGCUACUUGCAGAACAAUCAAGCAUACUCUGCAUAUCAUAUUUUAAAGGGUACACAGAUGGCUCAAUCCCGCUACAUGUUUGCAAUAUCAUGCUUUCAGAUGGAUCUACUUAAUGAAGCUGAGGCUGCUUUGUGUCCUGCUAAUGAGCCUAAUGCCGAGAUUCCAAAUGGUGCAGCUGGUCAUUAUCUUCUUGGGCUGAUUUACAGGUAUACUGAUAGAAGGAAAACUGCUAUCCAUCAUUUUAAGCUGGCUUUGGGUAUAGAUCCUUUGCUUUGGGCAGCAUAUGAGGAGUUAUGCAUGUUAGAUGCUGCUGAUGAAGCAACUACAGUUUUUGGAGAAGUAGCUGCUCUUAGCAUUCAAAAGCAGUAUUUAGAUCAUGUUUCAUCUUCCCCCAACUUGCAUACUUCCAGUGAGGAUCGCAAUCUUGUUACUUCUCAGAACUUCAGUUCAGAAGAUAUCAGUCUGAGGCAAUUGAAGAACAUGCAAAGCAAUAACCUUAGAGAUGUUCCCAGUAACUAUCAUGGAGCAUCUGUGCUGAGUGGAGGUGCCACUCAGCCUUUAAAUGGUGGAACUUCAAACAUGCCAUUUUAUAAUACUCCUUCUCCAAUGGCUUCACAGUUGUCAGGUGUUGCUCCACCACCUCCAUGCAGAAAUGUGCAGCCCAAUGGCCCAAACCUUAAUACACUGAAUGCUGAUAGUUCUCCGAAAUCAAUAUUGAACUCUACUUUGCAAGCACCUCGAAGAAAGUUUGUGGAUGAAGGAAAAUUAAGAAAGAUUUCUGGGAGAUUAUUCGCUGAUUCUGGUCCACGGCGAAGUACAAGACUUGCUGGAGAUGCAGGGGCAAACAUUAAUGCAGGUGCCACCACAGUAGCUGGAAAUGGGGUUAACAACUCUUCUAAAUAUCUUGGUGGUUCCAAGCUGAGUUCUGUCUCACUUCGUUCUGUGACUCUUCGUAAGGGUCAGUCUUGGUCUAAUGAAAAUAUAGAAGAAGGGAUGAGGAUUGAAGCUUUUGAUGAUUCUCGAGCAAGUAUUUCAUCAACAACUUCUAGUUCAUUACCUUCUGGUGAUACUAGAUCCCUAGAGCAGGUUGAGGAAAUUAUUCCAACUUGUGGGGUUGCUUUGUGUGGCUCAAGGGUCAUGACUGGUGCAUCAGAAAUACUAGGCCUUCUAAGAAUUCUUGGAGAAGGCUACAGACUAUCUUGCAACUAUAGGUGCCAGGAUGCAUUGGAUGUCUAUCUGAAACUACCACACAAGCAUUAUAGCACAGGCUGGGUGCUUUCCCAGGUUGGAAAAGCAUAUUUUGAGUUGGUAGAUUAUUUAGAAGCUGAUCGGGCAUUCAGUCUUGCACAUCGGGUAUCACCUUAUAGUUUAGAAGGAAUGGAUAUGUAUUCAACUGUUCUAUAUCAUUUAAAGGAAGAUAUGAAGUUGAGUUACUUGGCUCAGGAACUGAUAUCAACUGACCGCCUAGCUCCUCAAUCAUGGUGUGCUAUGGGAAACUGUUACAGCUUGCAGAAAGACCAUGAAACUGCUCUGAAAAAUUUCCAGCGAGCUGUCCAACUAAAUUCAAGAUUUGCCUAUGCACAUACCCUUUGUGGUCAUGAGUAUGUAGCUUUAGAGGAUUUUGAGAAUGGACUCAGGAGCUACCAGAGUGCCCUCCAGAUCGAUGCAAGGCAUUAUAAUUCCUGGUAUGGGCUUGGAAUGAUCUUUCUUCGUCAAGAAAAGUUUGAGUUUGCUGAGCAUCACUUCCACAGAGCCUUUCUAAUAAAUCCACGAUCUUCUGUUAUAAUGUCUUAUCUUGGAGCGGCUUUGCAUGCCUUAAAGAGAAGUGAGGAAGCUCUUAUGAUGAUGGAGAGGGCUAUUUUGGCAGACAAGAAGAACCCUCUUCCCAUGUAUGAGAAGGCUCAUAUACUCAUGAGCUUGGAAAAGUUUGAUGAAGCACUGGAAGUCCUAGAGGAGCUUAAGGAGUAUGCCCCCCAUGAAAGCAGUGUCUAUGCUUUGAUGGGUAAGAUCUAUAAGCAGCGUAAUAUGCAUGAGAAGGCCAUAUUUCAUUUUGGUAUUGCUUUGGAUUUGAAGCCGUCUGCAACUGAUGUUGCUUUAAUCAAGGCUGCCAUUGAAAAGUUGCUUGUACCCGAUGAAAUAGAAGACAACCUGUAAAUUUACCAAGUUCGGAGACAGAGAGGAAGAGUAUAUCCUGUAGCCUAUCUGGCUAAGAACAAUUUGGCCAUGGGGGAUACUGGCAUGCCCGUGCUGUCAGUGGAUCAUCAAUAACAUGGAAAGAAACUUAAGCCUCAAGACCAGCAUCAUUUUCGUGGUGGCAUUGUCACACCUUUACUUAACAGAUCUUGUGAAAGUCACCUCUGUUUUGUAGGCGAUUCACAGACUAACAAAGCACUAAACGCAACAAAAACUUGUAGGAGCUGCCACACUGUAACAAUAGCUGUAUUAUCCAUUUGAGAACGGAGGAUAGUACCAUUUUUUCGGAAGUUGUUUAUAGUUUAACUUCUCCUUGAAACCACUCAGAAACUCAUUAUCAGCUUGCUGGCUGAAAGCCACAAUCUAAUUUCUUAUAUCUUUGUUCCCGGUUUAACACAAUCCUCUAACAUUUGUAUAUCUCGAUAAAUCAUAAUCGAAGUA